CGCCAUGGACCGCCGGUGUCCGUGCUGAGGGUUCGGACUCCGAGCGGCCGGGGCACCGCGGCGGCAGGUCGGCCCGCGAUCGAGGACAAUGCUGAAGCACGUGCAGAUUAACCCGCUGCGGUCUUCGCUGAUGCGGUCUGGCCAGAAGGCGGACACUCUGAGCAUCAACUCCACCAUGAGCUUCAGCUCACUGCACGAGCCUGCUCUGUCGUCUCGCUCCUCCUCCUACACAUCGCUGAACGAGACACAGAGCAGCACGGGCAGCACCAGCGUACCGGCCACGCCCACGACGACGGUAAAGGUGUACACGCGCUGCCUACGGCCUGAUCUCGAGUACAAGACCAUGUGUGUCAAGUACACGACCACGUGCCGGGACGUGGUGGACCAGCUGCUCAACAAGUACCGCAUGAAGCACCGCGACCCUAACCUGUUCUUCCUCACCAUGGAGGUGGCCACCAGGAGCACAGGGGCUUCUGUGCGGACGAUCCUGGUGCUGGAUGACGACUCAUGUCCAGCCCAGCUGCAGGCCUGCUACCCGCGUGCCGACUCCAGAUUCACGCUGCGCACGUGUGCCGGCGGCCUUGUAAAGGUGUUCGACAGCGUGCUCCUGGCUGAGUCGAAGUACAAGAGCCUGCUGGUUUCGGAGAGGACAACAGUGGACCAGAUGAUUCAGCUGCUGCUUAACUGCUACAACUCCUCCGAGGGCGUCAACGUCUUCAGCAUUUACGAGGUUUGUGCGCCUGUCGCCUUCGAGCGCAAGCUGCAUCCGGACGACCGUCCGCUGCUCAUACAGCAAGAGUGGGCCUCCAGCAACGACUACAGCUUCGUGCUGAGGAAGCGGCCGCCGGGCACACCACGCAUUGGACGGGACUUCCCCCUCAGGCGAUCGUUUCUAAGCUGGAGUUCGAGUGAUCAGCCGUCGCCGACCGAUUCGGACUCGGAUAGGGAGGAGGGGCGGAGGUCGCGGAGUCCGUUCACCCCUCCACCCUCCGUGGCCACCAGCGGGGACGAGGAUAGCCUCUCCUCGGUGUGAGGCGGUGAAGUUUUCGUUAAGCUUGGCUUAAACCAAAGGUAAGGGUAGUUCAAAGUUUCUGACUGAAGAGUGUGUACAUAUGGCGGUGCUUUGCGUGUGGCUGAUAAAUAAAGCAGCUAGGUAACCCAUGAUAAUUGACAAUGG